AUGGAAGAAACAAAUUGGUUGCACAGUGAAAAUCUCGUAAAGAAUUGUGGCAGACUUUUACAUGUUGAAAUAAAUGCAAUACUAUUUGAUUACACAAAUAUUCCAGGCUGGUCUGUAAAUACAAGCAGAGAUUUGCGGCUCUAUGUGCUGCCAGAGAAUUUGACAGAAAUUAUUCCUCAAGCAGAUAUUUGUAGCAAAAAGCUGUUUCUCCUCAUUGUUGUAUGCUCAGCUGUUGGUAACUUUGAAGCUCGAGCAGCAAUCAGGCAGACAUGGGCAUCUGCACCUAUUGUUACUGAAAAAGCUAGUGCUAUAAGAGUGGCUUUUCUACUUGGUGUAUUAAAACACAAUACUCUGCAGGAGCAGGUUGAAAAAGAGAGUGUUCUGCACAAAGAUAUAAUCCAAGAAGACUUUUUGGACACAUAUUAUAACUUGACUUUAAAAACUGUCAUGUUACUGAAAUGGACUGUUAAAAACUGCCCAUUUGUUCAUUACAUCAUGAAAGCAGAUGAUAACACAUUUAUCAAUAUUGAAAGCCUUGUGCAUUUGCUCCAUUCUAAAGGUACAACUGGUUUAUUGAUGGGUGAUCUUAUUUGUGGUGCACACCCAGUUUCAGACUCGCACAGAAAAAUGUAUGCUCCAAGUUAUAUGUAUCCUAGAAGAGUCUACCCAAAUUACCUAUCUGGUGCAGGAUAUGUAAUGUCAAAUGAUGUUGUGAAACAAUUGUACACAGCAGCUCUACAGACUCAGCUCUUCCAUCUGGAGGAUGUAUAUGUGACAGGACUGUGUUCCAAAGCAGCUGGUAUUCAUCCACGUGAUCAUCCUGCUUUCACAUAUAGACGUCGUAAAAUUAUUCCUUGUUUGUUGCGUGAUCAUUCAGUUGUCACCAGCCACCACAUGGAAAGUGCUCACCUUCUGGAGAUUUGGCCUCGCAUUCAGGACCCAAAUCUUGAUUGCUCAAAUUUCAAUGCAUCACAACUGUGGAGGGGCUGCUCAGAUGACUCUGUCGCCCCUGCAGAUGUACCUGUAAUGGAAACUUAG